GACAAGAAGUGUAUCCAUUUCUCAUUGUGCUUGGGACACUGCUGGCCUGCUGUGUGAUUGUGAUUGUUGCUUUAAUUGUCUCCAGAAAUAAAAAGCCAGUCUGUGAACAUUGCAAAGGAGGAGUAGCUGCUUACAAUCACGCUGAAUGUGACAGAUCACCUGAGGAUCAACCUAGUAAUGUGGAUGGUGGAGCACUGGAAGUGAACUACGUAGCGCUGAAUUUCCCAUCAAGAAAGAGAGAGAGAUGGCUGAAUACCAGGGAUUUAUCACAGGACUGCAUGUACUCUGGCAUGAGAGACUUUCAAUGAAGCACCAUCCCUAUGAAGAAUGAACAUCUAAUCUACAGAUAAUUUUCAUGAAAGGAGAUGACAGAUUUUUUCAUGAAUGUUAUUGUUAAUAGCAAUAUCAGAAAGAAAGGAUUUAGACAGCACUUAUGUUUUAUGAUGAUAUGUUUAUGACGUUGCCUGGUUUAACCAAGAAUAAAUAUUUGUAAUUAACUUUUAUUAUUGUUUUAUUAUUAUUUGUGUGUCAAACUGAUAUUCCCAUUAAAGAGAAAAUCCAUGUUCUAGGUUCUGUGUGUUUAUUGUGAAAUUUGACAUUUUAUAAACACGUAACUCAUAAUUUAGUCUGUUUGAGAAGGACGUUGGGUGUUCAAUGUCUUUUCAGUUUUACAAUGUGAGAAAAAAAAAUCGUCAAUAUUUGAGGAAUUGAGCUGUGGUGUAUGAGUGUGAGUAUAUAUGUAU